AUGACCGGCGGCCAGAACUACGUCGUCUUCUGGACCCUGCGGCCGAACCUGUCGUCCCGCCUCGGAAACGUACGCCGCAGCUGUCCCCCGGCCGACAGCGCCUCCGCUACCGCCGCUGAAAGCUCCUCAGAGGCAGAGCGGGCGCCGGCGUCAAACGAAAUGGUUUCUGAGGCUACCAAGCCGUCGGCGUUCUCGUCUGCCGAGAAAGCGAUGGCAGAGACCUUCACCUGCGGCGUGGCCAUCGGGUGCGGGGGAGGGAAGGCCGGGUCUGCGUCGGCCGGAGGUGCCGGGGAAGAAGCGGCGGGAGCUGUUGUCACGGCCGUGACAGGCACGGCCAGCGGCGCGAUCGCGGUCUGGAAGAACCUCGAGUGCGUGAAGAUGGUGCUGGGGGUGCAUGGUGCGACGGCCGUGCUCUGCUUGAGCCCCACCUACUCCGGCGGGUUCGUGUCCGGAGGAGCCGAUGGCAACGUUUGCGUCUGGGACAACCAACUCAACGUCAAGGGCUCAAUCAUCACCAUCCGCCAGGUGCACUUCUCGUACUACGUAUUGGAAUUUGCGAUGCGUGGUCUCGGGGAGCUGAGGAUGCGUGGUUGUGUUGCGGUGUGGUUGUACUUUGACAUCGUCGUUUCGCUCGACUCCGGCGACACCGCCGUCCUCGUCGACGGCCCCGCUCCGGGCCUCCCCCCCGUUGACAACGCGGCCGACGCCGCCGACGCCGCUGCUGCGCUGAACCACACAUCCGCCGCCGUAGCCGCGAGCCCGAAGGAUGCCGACGUCUUUCUGACCGCGGCGCCCGACGGCUACCUGCGGAGGUGGUCCGCCGCGGGGCGCCGCCUCACCGCCAAGCUGGCCGUCGGUGCCACGAUGGCGGCCGUUGCGGCCGGGCCGGCGGCGGUCGCGGCGGCCCCGGGGAUCGGUGCGGUGGAGUGGACCCCGAAGGGGUCGUUCGCGGUGUGCGGGCUUACGACCGGGGACAUCGUGCUCGUGUCCCCUGACGGGGACAUGUCGGUGCUCUCAAGGUAG